AUGGCCGAGAUGAAAGACCUAACCACUAUUUCUAGCCAUCAAGAGGAUAAAGUGGACGGCUUUAACGAGCGCCAGGGACCGGAAUGCCCUGAAAUACUCCGCUCACUAAAUGAAGAAGAGAAAAAGAGGCUCGAACGCCUUCUUGUCAGGAAGCUGGACGCACGCCUCAUGGCUCCUUUGAUCCUCAUGUAUAUUAUGAACUAUCUGGACAGGUACAUCCUUAUGCAGGUUCCAUCUAAUCUGUUCCUGAACAAGAUUGGAAAGCCGUCCAUCUACCUCCCCGUGUGCAUGGUUAUUUGGGGAUCGAUCUGUGCCGCGACUGGCGCCGUGCAAAACUUUAGCGGGCUUGCUGCUACCCGCUUCUUGUUGGGUUUCGUGGAAGCUGCCUAUUUCCCUGGAUGCCUGGUAUGCCUAACUGUCUGGUAUACGUGUAAAGAACUUGCAUUUCGGACCGCUUUGCUUUACUGCGGCUCGUUGGUCUCGGGCGCGUUUUCCGGGUUAAUAGCGGCGGCUAUCACUUCCAAUCUGGACGGAGCUCUCGGGCAUGCGGCAUGGCGAUGGCUCUUUAUCAUUGAAGGGGCGAUUACUGUAGCUAUCGCGGCUGUCGUCGGUUUCAUUCUCCCAGACUUUCCAACCAACACGAAGUGGAUGACGGAACAGGAGCGCGCGCUUGCAUCUUGGCGCCAGACCACCGACAUUGGCGAGGAAGACUGGGUCUCACCCGAAUCGGAGACCCUCUUCACGGGAUUCAAGCAGUGCAUUCGCGACUACAAGACCUGGUUCUUCCUCUUCUUGAUUCUUGGAGUGGUUUCCAGCGGUACCAUCAACUCCUAUUUCCCGACAAUUGUCCAGACUCUCGGUUACGGGAGAACCAAGACACUCUUGCUAACCGCCCCGCCAUACUUGCUAUCCUGCAUCGUUGCCCUACGCGUGUCUUUGAAUGCGGACCGAACCGGCGAGCGAUACCUCCAUUUUACCAUCCCCACUUGGGUGUCGGUUGCCGGCUUCAUCAUCUCGGCUGCGACGACCAACAUUGCCGCACGCUACUUCUCUAUGAUGAUAAUGCUACCCGGUGUGUAUACUGCCUUCGUUAUUGGCCUGGCGUGGUUAGCAAACUCCAUUCCAAGACCUCCCGCCAAGAGAGCAGCCGCGCUGGCUCUUUGCCAAGCUUCCUCUAACUGCUCGAGCAUCUAUGGGCCAUUUCUGUAUCCGGAAUCAACGGCGCCCCGGUAUCUCAUUGCUAUGGGGUUUCGGGCUCAAAUGGAUGUCGAGAACAGAGUGGAGAGACUCCGCAGAAGAGCUUCCGCUAUCUGUACUGAUGCUCACGAAGCCCCUAGGGCAGCGCGCUUGGGCUAUGGGACCGUUGCGCUUGGCUUGUAG